GUUUUAUUUUUAUACUAGACGAAUUAUAACUUCAUUCACUUUUCGUUGUAGUUUGUUGCCUUAUAUUUAUUUAGCAUAAAUAAAACAAAGUUAGCCAUUAUUCCUUUCAAUAUUACAAACGUCACCAACAUCUUAACGAAUGGGAUAACAACGAAGUAGUUUGAUCAAUAAAAUGGCCGAAAGCAAAAUGGUCACAGUAUCACAAACCGAAGACGAAAUCAAGAUAGUCAUCGAACUAACUAAAGUUCUCAAUACAAAACCAGUUGUUAUAGUGAAUAAUAAUUUCAUCAAAUUCAAUUGUCCACCGGUGUACUUUGAGUCGUUUUUGUCGGGUGACGUCGAAGAGAAUCAAAGUGUAUGCCGCCUGUUCAAGAGGCAAGCCAGAAUUAUUUUGAGGAAGAAACAGCCUGGCGUUUGGACCAACAUUUUGGAGAAGGUCCCUAGAGAAGAAGCUUUGAAGAAAAAGGUGGAACUGAAUGACAUGAUUGUGGAACGGACAAAACUCGAAGAUAAGGAGCGACAUGAACAGUUUGAUGCAGCCAAAAAGGAAAAGUUACGAUAUCAAAUUGAUCGCGAAAUGUCUAUACAUGACAGAGUCAAGGACUUUAAAGAAGCCUCCGUAGCAACUACUAUCUCCAGUGAAAAAGCAGAAGCCGGUAAUGACUUAUCCGAUGUGAAGAAUACGCCGGCAGUUUCAAGAAAUUCGAUGCGGCAAGCUUCCGAUCAAAAACACAGAAUGUUCAGAUAUGUGCCAGCAGCUCCUCUGAAUGAAACACGGAAAAGUGGAAAAAUCCAAAUAUCGUUUAGCGAAUAUAAAGCUCCGACUCCAAAGAGGGAAUCACAAAAUCAGCCAAUUUCAAAUAAUAAUGCCGCUCCAAACAUUCAAAUAUAUUAAAUAUUGUGUUAAUUAAAAAACUGCUUGCAAUCA